AUGCCUGCGUCAAGAUUCGUGCGCUCUGUCUGGGAGUCCUUCCGAGCCAACUCUGGUCUGGAACCAAGGCUACUGGAUGGCCUCCGCGUGACCUCCGCAGUCCCAGGCCGUGUCAAGUUCGAGCUCGAUAUACAAAAGGAGCACACUAACCGUCUCAACAUCCUUCAUGGCGGCACAAUAGCCAGCAUGGUUGAUCUCGGAGGCUCCCUAGCCGUAGCUUCCCGCGGUCUCUUCGCAACCGGCGUGUCCACAGACCUAAACGUCACCUACCUCUCUUCGGGUGGCAAAAUCGGUGACUUGGUCAAAGCAGAAGUAACGUGUGACAAGUUUGGCAAGACACUAGCUUUUACAUCCAUAAACUUCAGCAAUAACAAAGGCGAGGUCUUUGCAAGGGGAAGUCAUACAAAGUACGUUGCGCUGGCAUGGAAGGAUCCUAAUAAUAUCGUCGAAGAACUCUCGCCGAAGCCGGUGGGAGGAGAGAGGAAAGAGUAG